AAUCACAAGUAAAGUACCUGUCCCAUUUAUAGAAACAAACAUUAGAUGUUUUCUCGUGUUAUGGGCUCUAAACCCUACAAAUACUAAUUUUACCAAGAAAUUAUAUCGACACAACAGCCAAGGGGAUAAAAGCAUAUCAUGGCCCAACUUAAAGGGCAUCUAAAAUCGUUUUUCAACGAAACAAGGAGAAAACAAUGAGUCAUCAAAGGAAUUUUACACGGGAUUUUUACACUGGGUCAAAUUCUUCCUGGAUAUAUUAUGGUUCCACAAAAAGUCGCUGUUGGUUUAUUGUUUUAUCUCACUUGCGCUGUGGUAGCCACAAUCUACCUGAGCAUGAUGUAUCUAAACGAGAAGGAAUGCGACUGCCGGGAAUACACAAAAAGACUAAUUUUACCAGACGGGCUCCAAGAACAAAUACGGGACACGGAAUCAAAACAGCGUCUUUCUACGAUAGAAACAUUUGCUACAAUAAAGCCUACACAAUCAGAUAUCCAUGGCAAAUCUCCCCAAGAACCAGAUGAUGAUUUAUCAUGGGGUCCUCAUGUCUUAGGUGUCGUUGUACCUUACAGGAAUAGAUUUGAAGAAUUGUUAGAGUUUGUGCCUCAUAUGAAUAAAUUUCUGAGUGAGAAGAAAAUCAGGCACAGAAUUUUUAUCAUGAACCAAGUUGACAAGCACAGGUUCAACCGUGCCUCUCUCCUCAAUGUAGGCUACCUUGUAGCCAGGAAUGAGUGUGAUUAUAUUGUCAUGCAUGAUGUAGACCUCUUGCCACUCAACUCUAAGUUAUUCUAUGGGUAUCCAGAGAAGGGUCCUUUUCACAUCUCAUCACCGCACCUUCAUCCCAAGUAUCACUACAGAACAUUUGUGGGUGGGAUACUGAUGAUGACUCUAGAACAAUUUGAAAAGGUGAACGGGUUGUCAAACAAGUUUUGGGGAUGGGGAAGAGAAGACGAUGAACUCUAUCAGCGUAUGAUGGAAGCUGGCCUGACGCUAUACCGUCAUGGAAAAAAUGCCAUCACAACGGGCUACAACACUUUCAAGCAUGACCACGACCCCCAGCUCAGGAAAAGGGACUAUGCUCGGUUAUACAAUCAGAAAAAGGAGUCCUUCCGCAGAGAUAGGGAUACGGGGGCCGAUACGGUGGAGUACACGAUACAAAGCAAACGCCAGCUAAUGAUAGACGGCACGCCCUGUACAAUUGUCAACGUGGAGCUGCACUGUGAUUAUGACGUCACACCAUGGUGUGACAGUAAACAGAGUUAACACGCAUAUCCCUGUCAUCAUGGCGUUAUAUGCUAUCGUGGCAGUACUUAGAAAGCAGCUAGCAAUUUCUCCGAUUUGUUCAAAAGGGCAGGAGGCGGUAGCGUCACACUUGUCACAGAGAUUAUAUUAUUUGUGUCACCACGUGGCUCGAUUUCCAGCACGUUUCUGUUAGCCUGGUGCCACGAACCGACGGCUGAAAAAAAAAAAACCGGUUUUGUCCCCCCCCUCCUGGGGGGGGGGUCUUAAGGGUGAUAGGGAUGCUCGUCGUAAAAUUAAAAAAAAAUAACCCUAAAAAAUACCUGAACACCAAAAACUGCUACCCUAAAAAUACCCUAGAAGCAAAAAAAAUAUUCCUAUAAGUAUUUUGUUUAGAAGUUGGAAGUAUGCAAUAAUCCAUACCCCUAAAAAUACCUGAGGCCCGAUUUUGACCCCUAAAAUACGACGAGAAUUCCUAUCAGGUCGUCAUGAGAAAACCGCCCCCCCCCCCUCCCCGUCACUAUUCGUAGCUAUAAAAUCAUAAUCCAAAAUAAUAUAUUUAUUGCCUUCUUUUAAAAUGAGAUGGUAUACAAUUAAAACGUAUAUUUUCAAAA